UUGCCACAAUAAUCGUCAUCUUAUAUAGAGCCCGAUAGUACGAGCAGUAGGCAAAUGCGAAGCGGUAGAGCCAUCCUCUGCACAGUCUGUGAGACGGGCACGUGAUUGCUACGAUGUCGCCGUCAUCGACUCACUGAUCAUGCUAAUGAGUCGUGAAGCGGGUAGCGGAGAUACACUUGAAUUGCUACUUUGCCCUUGCGCGGGCAAAAUGCCUGUGCAACGCCGGAGAGGUAGCCUGGGCCACGUUGCCUUGUGACCGUUUGUCUCGGGGCCUGAAAUCUGGAGUAUGGGAAUUUGUCGGGGAGCCGCAGCAAAUGCCGGAGGCCGACGAUUCCCAGCCCUUUCUUUAUCCUUGCGUUGCCUCUCUUUCCCUGUGACCCUGCCAUCGCUUUCGCAAUAGCCUGACACUGACAUCAUGACCGCGAACAUACUUCGUCUGCUCACGUCCUUGAUCGUCAGUGACCUCACCAACCUUGAUCGUCCUUUACCCGCCACGUGUGCUGGUAUUAUGGCACCACAAAGGGAUCAAUCGCAGGAGGUCGUUCACCGACCGGAUACGGACGGGUAUUGGAGUCACGUCAUCAUAGGAUCACUUUCGCGCCUCUUGCGCUUUGCAGGCUACUCUACAGAUGUACACGCCAAGCUUUGUACUUUCGUGAAUCAAGUCAUCUCGCCUGCAAUGGGCGCGCCUCCCUCCCUCGCCUCCGAAGGAAGGAUCGUUCCAGUCUUCGAAUCGUUCAUGUGUGAUGAUUAUUCUCCUAUAGAAUUAAGCAUCUUGUGGGGCAAAGGCAAGCCCUGUGUCCGCUUCUCGAUAGAGGCCAUCAGCAACAAAGAUGAGAUGGCGAGAUCACUAGGUCUGAACAUGGCCGCUUCGAUGCGCUUGAUGUCCACUCUGGAGAGCAAGCGACUUGCCGACUUUACCCUCUUCAAGAAGCUCAUGGCCUCUACGACGAUACGAUGCCUGUCGGAGAGCGAAGCAUCCGCAAUAACAUCGUGCUCAGUCACCAGGUCCCAGAUCUUCUUUGGCUUCGACUUGCUAUACAGCGGCGACAUCAUGGUCAAGGGCUAUCUGGUGCCUUUACUGCGUAGCCGUCUAUCACAAUGCAGUUCAUUUGACAUCAUCUACCGCGCAGUGAUCGACAAUGGUCUUGACUGCCGAGCACUGGAUGUCAUACAUCAAUACGUGACAGGCGAAGCAUAUGGCAGGGACGAGGGACUACCAGAGCCUGCACGGCCGGAAGCAAUCAUCCUAAGUACAGAUGCAAUUACGCAACUUCACGCAGCACGACUCAAAAUCUACUUCAGAUUUCCGACGUCAUCGUUUGAAGAGAUUCUGCGCCAUUUGUCCCUCGGCGGUCGCACCUGUCGUCUGCCUUGGAUCGAGCCGCUCCGUCGAUGUUGGGUAGCCCUGAUGAAGACGGACCCCUAUGAGAAUUCUCCAGCUCCGGCGUCAGGGGAACGCGAGACAACGACAACAGACUGUCUCAUCUACUAUAGCUUCGUUCAGGGUGCAGAGCUACCGACCGCCAAGCUCUACAUACCGGUCCGCCACUGGUGUAGAGACGACCUGAGCAUCUCUCGAGCGGUGGUCAAUUUGGUCCACUCCUUUUCCGGAGAUGAGACGACAUCUAGUGCUAGUCUAUAUCCGAAAUUGCUUGAGGACUGCUAUCCAGGAGCCCCGCUUGACAGCAGCAAAGGACGUCAGACCUACCUCUGCUUGGGCCGAAAGGACGACGGAAGCUUCGAACUGUCUAUGUGAGUGAAUGACGUACCAUCGGGCGAAGACUUUACGAGGCGUCCUAGGUCUGACCGUGGCGUUUGCCUGUCUGCAGAUAUCUCAAUCCUUCUCUAUUCGGCCCAGAGCAUACCCCAUAGCUGCAGAUGACCAAGCUCUUCAGGCGGAAGGCUCUUCAGGCAAAUGGCCAUCGAAGACCCAUUCGCUUCGGGAAUGUCUCGAAAUUUCCCUACUCCGCUUCGUCGUCUUCUAGACCCAUAGUCGCAGCAG